AUGCCAGACAUAGAUACUUGUCCUAUAUGCAUUUCGAGUCCAUUGGAGGAUUCUACAACCUUUAGUAACAUAGCAUGGCUUCAGUGUGAUAUUUGUAACCAAUGGUUCCACGCUUCUUGUCUAAAGAUACCUAAAAUAGAGGUGAAUAAUUUGCAUUCAUAUCAUUGUGAAGAAUGUUCUAAAACACAUGGACCUUCGAUACCUAGAAGGAAACUGAAAAGAUCAAAAGUACAAAUUGAUUAUGUUGCUCUAAAUGAUGGUGAUGUUUUUGCCGUUGACAAAUCACUGCAUCCACAUAUAAAUAAGUUUCUCUCUUUCGAAGUGAGUGCCAAUGAAAUUAGCAACAAAGUAAACCCAUAUAUAGAUCUUCGGAAAGAUGCUACAGUUGAAUAUGCAUUACAAUCACACCUUUCAAAACCAGUUUUGAUACCUCAAGCAGAACCUGAUAUAGUCGAUAUGAAGUUACCGAUGGCUGGAAAAGAUAUAACAAUUGACUAUAUAGCUGAUGAAGUUGGAGAUGAUACACCCUUAGAUGUAAUGGAUGUUCUAACUCAGCAGGGGGUUAAUCCGGGAUGGAACUUGGGAAAAUGGAGAGAUUAUUUCAAUACAGAUGAAUUAAGCCGUGAUAGAAUAAGGAACGUUAUCUCGUUGGAAAUUUCAGACGUCGAUAAUUUGGGCAAAUCUUUUAGACGUCCCAAGAUAGUGAGAGAUAUGGACCUAGUUGAUAAGAUCUGGAAUGAUAAAUCACCCAGGCCUAAGGUUACCAAAUAUUGUCUUAUGUCUGUUGCGGGCUCAUUCACAGACUUCCACAUAGACUUUAGUGGAACAGCAGUUUAUUACACUGUAUGCUCGGGUUCUAAAACAUUUUUGAUGUAUCCUCCCACAGAUAAAAACCUCGAUAUUUACACAUCAUGGUGUCUUCAUCCCGACCAAAAUUAUAUGUGGUUUGGUGAUUUCGCAAGAACAUACAAGGGUAAAAGCUGUACCCCUUCAGGAGGUUUCAAGGUAACCUUACGUCCUGGUGACUUGUUCUUAAUCCCCAGCGGUUGGAUUCACGCUGUUUACACUCCAGAGGAUUCGCUAGUAAUAGGAGGUAAUUUUCUAACUCUUAUGGACCUUCCUAUGCAUUUACGCAUCUAUCAGAUCGAAAAAGUAACUAGAGUUCCUGCCAAAUUUAGAUUUCCAAUGUUCAAUAAAGUGCUAUGGCUUACUAGCUGGUACUACUAUAACCGCAAGUCACAAUUUCUAAAAGACCUUGGGCAAGACGCACAUAUGAAAAAUGAAACCCGGACUGUAAAAGACGAAUUUCCAAACCUGCAAUUCGUUACUGACCAAUCCAUACAAUACAAAACUCUCAGUUCUCUUCUCACCCAUUUACAAUCGCACUACGAAUCAAGCAAGGCUAAUAAAGUGGCCAGGAAUACCAUUCCUACGGGUCUUAUUGGCAAAAAUAUUCCUGCUUAUUUAACAAGGUUACAAUCCUGGUUAGAUGGAUUAGCCAGGUGA